UGUGUGCUGUCUGGGAGGGUUGAGGAUUGAGCAGUAGGCACAUUUAUGUUGUUUGCUGUAAUAUAUGAUCAAUAAAGUUGUAUUGUAUAGUAGCAACUAGCUAGGAUCUUCUGUAAAUUAAUUAGAAAGCACAUAAGAAUAAUGCAAUACUUCCACAUUCCACAAGAGGCUCUGCUGUCCCCUAGUUGUCUGUCCCUUGCCCCCCACCCCCUCCAUUGGCUGUAUCAGUAAUAGCCAUGUCAUUACAUCUUCCCUUUCCUAACACAGCAACACCAACUCCUUUUAUUUUGGCCCCGCCUUCUUUCUGUACGAUUGUAUAUCUAUGCCGUAAAAAUGUUUGAUUUAUCAUUCAUCUUCCUUAUUUUCCCCUCUUUCGUGGUUUAGGACUUGUCCCCAUGACCCUGCUGGACCCAGUGGAUGUCAACAAGUCCAAAGGCAGAAAAAAAAAUAAAAGUAUUCCCAGUGGGAUCCCCCUCCCACCGGGGCUCAAGCCGCCCACUCGCCCACAGAGCCAGCUUAGCCACGAAGAACCUCCACAGGAGAGGCCUGAUAGAGAGGCAUCUCCACCCUCCUACCUACCAACCACCUCCACCCCAUCACCCAGGUACCCAUCCACGGUGGACAGUCCUACUGAGCUGACCGAGGACCCUCUGGCCAACUGUACCAUUCUCUACCAGAUGGUGGCACUGUGUGACUAUGCAGCUGAGGGACCAGAGGAUUUGGAGUUCAGCGAGGGAGACACCAUUGACAUUCUCAGUGAAGUCAAUGAAGAGUGACUGGAGGGUCACUGUGCUGGCAUCUUCCCCAGCCUUUUUGCCUACCGGGAAAGGGAGGCCCCCUCAACCAUCGAUCGGAUGACCCUGUUGCUAUCAAACAAGAAAUAGGCUCAACUCUUGCUCACAGUUAACAACUUGAUACUUUAUUUAUCUAAUUCAAGUUAAAAUGAUGACGGCUGUCAACGGCCUUCAUCAGAAUCAGUACGGAGACGAUGCAGCAUGUCAUCUCUUGGUGUGCUCCUGUGGUUGUCUGAUGGAGGACUACAUCAUUGGGUUUGCUGCAUGCCUGACCAAGCAACUGACAUUUUCCAUCCACUCAGAGGGAAUAGAGUGGGCAUACUGGGUAGCAUUUGACCAACAGGUCAAACUUAAAGUGUUUCUCCUCUUCUACUUACUGUCAACUGCUGUGAAUGAAUGUGGACCACUGUUAUACUCUUAUAUGGUUGUUACCUCCUCCAUGAUCAUGUAAACCUGUUAAACUAAAGAAGAUCUAGUGGUAAGAAUGGUGAUGUUCAAUUUUGUUGAAGAAAACAUAAUAAGUCUGUUGUGGAAAUUCUACACAGGGACACUCGAAGUCAAUCUUAAAGGAAUCAUUGUUUAUUAACAGUUAACUGGGGAGGUUCCUACAAACUUGAUGCACCAUAGAACAUAUCUGCCAUCGGGGCAUUCCCGUUAGAUCUCUUAUAUACAGCUUACAGACACAUUACAUAGGCAGGAUUUAGCUUGUUCCUCAUUCAUAAUGAAUUCUUCAUUCAUGUUUGGUUCAUGCAUGUGACAGACCAAUACCUCACGAGGCUUCUUCUCUCCAAGCUGUGACCUUGAAAGGGAGAUAACCUUUCGUUCUCAAAACAAGGUUCUGGGCAUACAGAUAGUGAGGAUCCGUUCAAUCAGGCACUUACAUGAACACAGAAAUUGUUUACUAGAAAAGCACAAACACAACUCAAUUCAUGAAAUAGGACAUGCAAUGCAAUAAUCCCAUUCCCUAAUUCCAUUAAAGCUAAUUUACUUGAUUGCCCACAUUGAACAAACUUCAUAACAUGUAUGGACUUCCAAU